CUAUCCCAUAACUUUUCAGCCUCUCUUGGUAACCGGAUCAGUGGGGGCCAUUUUCUGAAUCGCGAUCAUUUAUUAAGAGGCAAUUCCCUUCUCAUCCCUACAUUACCAACUUAAAUUACCCAUCAUCUAUUCUAACUCUCCACGAUCGCAAUAUGCCCAACCCAACGCUAGUCUUCUGUGCCGGUGCCUGGUACUCACCAGUAGCAUUCGGCCCACUUAUCGAAAAGCUCCCCGACUAUACCUGCCGCACCGUGGCCUUCCCCUCCAUCGAGCAAGCCACUGAGGUCAAAGACCUCCAACCCGAUAUUACCGCAGUCCGCAGUGUCGUCGAAGAGGAAUGCGAUGCCGGAAAUGACGUUGCAAUUGUCUUGCACAGCUGGUCUGGUCUCCCCGUCAGCAGUGCCCUCGAUGGACUCAGCAAGACGGAGCGCCAAGAAGCGGGUAAACCAGGCGGCGUGGUGAAGCUCAUUUACCUCUCGGCUUUCAUUCCAGAUGUUGGCGAGAGCCUGAUUGGGGCGUUCGGAGGGGUGGCACCGGACUGGUAUGUUCGGGAUGUGGAGAAUGACACCGUGACGCCGGAUGAUCCUUUCAAGUUAUUCUUCCACGAUGUUCCCGAUGGACAGAAAUGGGCCGAAACACUACGACCUCAUGCAUGGGCGACCAAGAAUAGCCCUGCCACGAGUGCAGCGUACCUGCGAAUUCCAAGUGCCUAUCUGCUAUGUGAAGAUGAUCGGGCAAUUCCAUUAUUUGCGCAAGAAGGGAUGGUCGAAAAGGCACGAGCCAAGGGAGCCACCUUUGAGACAGACAAGGUUAAGACGGGACAUACGCCGUGGCUGGUGGUGCCGGACCAAGUGGUGGAGUUUGUGAAGAGACAUGCAUGAGAUUAAUAUAAGUAAUUUAUAGAGCAGCCAAUUCGAUUGAUCGAGUCCUUCCAUCCACACCCUGCUCCCCUUCCAAAUGAGGGGUUCGAGCAUUGAGACACAAUUAGUGACGGGUGGCCCC